AAUCAAUUUGAAUAAGGCUUCGUCAUUCUAUUUGUAAUUGAAUUUCAUUAAGUUUGAAGUCCCAGCGGUGGUGGGUUUUUUAGUUGCUCCUUUGGGUAUGUUCCUGUUGAAUUGGUUGCUGAGCAAAAGCUAUUAAUUGAGUCAUGGGUAGUUAGUUUGUUUAGAAUCUGUACAUUUGACGUUGCAGGUACGUCCAUGGAAGCUAGGUAUUGUUUGAUUUUUAUUUUGACUUGUUUUAUUUUUUGAGGUCUUGGGAUGAGGGGAGGAGGAAAAGCUUUAAUGCAUGUAACUCAUUCUACUGAAGUUUGACCGCACGCACGACUAGCUUUUCUUUCAUGUCGCCCCGAGCAAGAUGGGCACAGAGGUUGAGCAUGCAUCUGGCAAUAUUCAGACCAAUGUAGCAACCCCUUCAUCAACAGCAUCAACUGGUCCAAAGUCGUCCAUGUUUGCCAAAAAAUCAGGAUUUGUCAUCCCAAAAAACAAGCUGUCAGGUUCUUUGGUUCCUGUAUUUCGAGGAACUAAAAAGGGAGAUGCUGAUCUCGUGAACGAGGAUGCUACUAAUCAAGUGCAGAGGAAGACCAAAUGGGGACCUGAUCUGACUCUUGAUGCCACUGUUCGGAAAGGGAGAGCGUUGGCAUAUCAGACUCGGAUCAAUCAAAUAUCACAACAGCUCACUCUAGGGGCACUGGAACUUGAGGAUGAUGAAGACUCAUUACCUACAUCAGAAUUUCAAUCUGGGAAGAGAUCAGAUCAUCAGCUAAGCCAUGAGGAAUCGGAACUGCUGGACCUUGAAAGGCGUGAAAUUAUUGGUGAAAUACUAAAGUUGAAUCCAACCUAUAAGGCUCCUGCUGAUUACAAACCUCUUCAAAAAGAGGCAAAAGUACCAAUACCUGUCAAAGAGUAUCCGGGUUACAAUUUUAUUGGUCUAGUAUAUGGCCCUGCAAGCGAUACUCAAAAGCGACUGGAAAAGGAAACAGGAGCUAAAAUACGACUUUAUGGGACAAAGGCAGAUACAGGAGGGAAGGUUGAAGUUGCUCCUACUGAUGGAAAAGAAAUAGACAAUGCAUAUGAAGAUCUAUAUGUACAUGUAUCAGCUGACACAUUUGAGAAAGUUGAUGCAGCUGUGGCUUUGAUUGAACUGUUGGUCACACCAGUUUCUGUGAAUCCUAUGUCUGCAUCGACAACAUCGACUGCAAUUUCUGAUGAUAAUUUGAAUACUCAUCUGAGUCAAAGCACACCCAGCUCCAUCAUGGCACCUGCAUUGAUAAACCAAGGAACAGCUCAACCAUUUACCGGAUCUUUACCACCUCCCCAAGGUCAAUUUCCACAAUAUUCUCAGACAUGGUUUCCUGCAGGUCCAACUCAAACUCCAACACACCCACAAUCUGGAUUAGUCACCCCCACAAAUUCUUCUGCACCAUUACUCAAUAACACUGUCCAAGUAUCUUCCUCACCUUUUAAUCCCUCAAACAUGCCUUCAUUUUUUGGUUCUCGACCAGUCAUAGCUGCAAGCUUUAGUCCCGUCUUACAAAAUCCUUCCGUUGUUCCCCCAAGAUCUCAGCUACCCCAUGCUUUACAGCCACCAUACAUGCAACAACCAUCCCCACUUGGCCAAACUGGUGCACCAAGAAAUACUCCUGUGCCAAUUUUACAGGCAGCAACUGGUCAGCUCUCACGAACAGGGCUUCUGCAUAAUGUGAGACCAGACAUAUCUGCAAUGCCUCAAUCGGCUCCUUCAGCAGCAUUUUCUGACAAAGCGUUCUCCUCUGCCAACGAAUCCACUAGAUGGUUACCAUCACCUGGGAACACUUCAGCAUCUCAAGGUCUAACCAACGUCAUGCCAAUGACUCCCCCAAUUGUUCCUUCCCAUGGACAUAACGCUGUGGCUUCACAGAAUAUGGUUGUAUCUGGACCUUCACCACUGAAUAUCCAUAGCAAUAUUCUUACUGGUCCUUCCCAGUCUGCUGGGGCAGUGGGAAUCCAACAACCUCGAGGUGGCUUCUCUCCCUUGCUUCCAUCAGCAGCAUCUGAAUCCCUAUCAAUGCGUCCACCAACUGCAAAUGCUAUACCAGGACCUGCGACUUUGCCCUUCCCGGUGCAAUCUUCAGCAUCACUUCCUCAACCUGGAAUCCCAAAUUCUUUUUCUGGAAGCGCUCAGAAUUUUGAUUCCAUGAGACCUCUUUCUGCAGCAAUUCCAAGGCCUCAGCAACCAAGUUCUAGUGAUUUCACUUUUCAGCCUCACCGCCCGCCAAAUGCAGCUUCACAGGUGGCUUGGCAGAGUGGUCAACCUGCACAUCAAAAUAUGAGACCUCCAGUUCAAGCUGGGCAGGCACCUUUAGCACUGCAGUCUUCAUUGUUAAGGCCUGGGGGACAUAAUUUGAAUCCUUCUCCAGUUCAAGGUUUUCCAAGGCCUCAGGUAAGUCAUCAGGUCAAUCAACCAAGGGUGGCAAUUCCUACAAACUUUUCAGGAAGUCCAAUGCCACCUAGACAUCCGACGUUGCCAGGUCAUAGUGGUGUUGCAUCUGCCACUGUCCCACAUAUGCAACCAAGGAACUUUGGUCCUCCUCAUCCUAUUAAUAGCACUCCUGGUCCUUUUCCGCCCAGACCAGGGAGUCAGAUGCAUAUUUUGGAAAAUCACUUUCCUGGAGCAGCCCGACCUCAAAGGUUUCCAACUCCACAUCAACAUCUUGGAAACCAUCCUGGGAGGCCAUUUUCUAGCUCUUCUGGUGUUCAGCAAAUCUAUGACCCUUUUUCUCCGACUGCGGUUUCUUUCAACCCCCAGAUGGGUAGUAAUGCAGCAAGGCCGCAUGGUGAAAGUGAUCCAGAGUAUGAGGACCUUAUGGCAUCUGUAGGAGUCAAAUGAGUUAUAGAUAAAUGCAAUGAGUUGCAAGUUCAAUGAUGGCUGGUAUGUCUGUCUACAAAUGAUUUCUAUGGUUCAUUUCUAGAUUCUUUCUAGCAUAAGGAGAUAGGGACAAAAAGUUUACAAUAACGCAUAGAGGUAAAAAGUUUCGAGUCUUAGCCCGAUAUUUUGUAAUGCAACUUCCGACACUUUCAGUACAAUGGAGCUCAUUGUGAAACUGCAA